AAAUCUUUUUAGCGGGCAUCUAAUUUUUUUUUUUUGAAUUCUCAUUUUGGCUUUAAAACAAAGUCCACACUUCAUACAAAAAGUCUUCAUAAUGAGCCAAGUAAAGCCAGACAAUUCAAGGUAUUCACUUGUGCCUGUCAAAGGUGGCUGGGAGGUUCCUCGGAAACUAUUCCAUUUUUCUAUUGGCUUCCUCGUUUUAUAUCUUUACAUGAACGGAAUAGACACAGACCAAGUAUAUCCAAAAUUGGCUGCUUUCUUGUCUAUUGUUGUUACAGCUGAAUUACUACGAUUUAACUUUGAAUGGUUCAACAUUAUAUACUGUCAAGUCUGUGGACCCUUGAUGCGAACAACAGAAAUUAAAAAAGUAAAUGGCGUUGUAUACUACUUGCUAGGCUGUAUUAUUGUACUGUACUUCUUUCCAAGAGAUCUUGCGGCGUUAUCUAUCAUUUAUUUAUCUUGGGCGGACCCUAUCGCCAGCAUUUGUGGAAAACUAUGGGGAAAAUAUACGAUACAGUACAGUGGAAAAUCAUUAGCAGGGUCCUUAGGAGCAGUCGUAUUAGGGUCACUCGUAACAUAUGUUUAUUUUGGCCCACUUUCUUAUUACCCUCAGUCUUACAAUACAGAGUCAAGCCCAGUGCCAUUGACCAUCUUUUCAGUUUAUGGUGGUCUUGUAGCAGGCAUUUCAGAAGCCCUUGGAAACUCAGUGUUUGGAUUUGAUGACAAUUUAACAAUCCCAGUCAUAAGCGCAGUCAUGUUGUGGAUACCUUUAGUUGGUCUUGGCCUUGGAUAUUAAACAGAAUGCGCAUUAGAUUUACUGUUUAUAAUAUUCUUUAAAGCAAAGUGUAUUUUUAAUAACUAUUUACGACAUCUGAAUCCUUCUAUAGAAAGACAAUACUGUCUGAUACAACCAUGUAAAAUAAAAUAAAAAACUAUUUCUGCCUUUUUAGAUAAUACCAACAGGAUAAUCUUGUAAGGUUUUGCUACCUGGCCAUUAUUUAUGCUCUUAUAGACUCUCACAUUUAACCAAUGUCUAUCAACGAACUUUUUCAAAAACCUUGAAACCCUAUAGCUUCAUCUCUAAAGGACUAGCACCAUUAACUUAGUUUUUAGAGAGAUGGCCGUAGUCUGUUUAAUUAAAUAGAAUACUCUGGAACUCUUUUUGCUGCUAU